UGCAAGCAUGCGGGCUGCAACAAACGAAAAGCGUACGGGGACGCGACAAUGAGGGUGGCAGAGGCUUGUUCGAAGCAUAAACAACCCCAUCACAUCAAUCUCAUGACCAAGAGAUGCAACUGGCCUUCCUGCAGCAAGUAUGCUUCCUUCAAGACAGACAGUCAAACCUUCUGCGCUCUCCACAAGCCGGCCAACUCAACAGAUUUCAGAAGUUCAGCAAAGGUUUGUCGAUACCCAGAAUGCAAGAAGCAAGCCUCGUACGGAAUUGCUCGACCCCUUUGGUGCAGAGAUCACAUGAACAUCUCUGUCGACGUCGACGUCAAGAAUCGGCUGUGCACGUUCGGCAACUGCUCCCAACGCGCUCUGUAUGGAGAUGCAUCAUCGGGCUUCAACUUGCGCUGUGCUCAACACAGG